CGCUGUUGCCGCUGCUACUGCUGCUACCGCCACCGCGUCACGGCUCCCGGCCCGCCCUCCCCGGCCCCUCCCACGCUCGGUUUCCCCCCCGUCUCCCGCCUCCUCCGUGCGAGCGGUGACUUAAGCAACGGAGCGCGGUGAAGCCCAUUUUUCUCCUUCCUCGCAGCCGCGCCGGGGAGCUCGCGGCGCGCGGCCCCUCCACUGUGGCCCGAGAUGAAUGCUGCGGCAGAAGCCGAGUUCAACAUCCUCCUGGCCACCGACUCCUACAAGGUUACUCACUAUAAACAGUACCCACCCAACACAAGCAAAGUUUAUUCCUACUUUGAAUGCCGUGAAAAGAAGACAGAAAACUCCAAAGUAAGGAAAGUGAAAUACGAGGAAACAGUGUUUUAUGGGUUGCAGUACAUUCUUAAUAAGUACUUAAAAGGUAAAGUAGUGACCAAAGAGAAAAUCCAGGAAGCCAAAGAGGUGUACAAAGAACAUUUCCAAGAUGAUGUCUUUAAUGAAAAGGGAUGGAACUACAUUCUUGAGAAAUAUGAUGGUCAUCUUCCAAUAGAAGUAAAGGCUGUUCCUGAGGGGUCUGUCAUUCCCCGAGGAAACGUUCUCUUCACAGUGGAAAACACAGAUCCAGAGUGCUACUGGCUUACAAACUGGAUUGAGACUAUUCUUGUUCAGUCCUGGUAUCCAAUCACAGUGGCCACAAAUUCUAGAGAACAGAAGAAAAUAUUAGCAAAAUAUUUGUUAGAAACUUCUGGUGACUUAGAUGGUCUGGAAUACAAAUUACAUGAUUUUGGCUACAGAGGAGUCUCCUCCCAAGAGACUGCUGGCAUAGGGGCGUCUGCUCAUUUGGUUAAUUUCAAAGGAACAGACACAGUAGCGGGAAUUGCCUUAAUUAAAAAAUAUUAUGGAACAAAAGAUCGUGUUCCAGGCUAUUCUGUUCCAGCAGCAGAGCACAGUACCAUAACAGCUUGGGGGAAAGACCAUGAAAAAGAUGCUUUUGAACAUAUAGUAACACAGUUUUCAUCAGUGCCCGUAUCUGUGGUCAGCGAUAGCUAUGACAUUUAUAAUGCGUGUGAAAAAAUAUGGGGUGAAGAUCUAAGACAUUUAAUAGUAUCAAGAAGUACAGAGGCACCACUAAUAAUCAGACCUGAUUCUGGAAAUCCUCUUGACACUGUAUUAAAGGUAUUAGAUAUUUUAGGUAAGAAGUUUCCUGUUACGGAGAACUCAAAGGGCUAUAAGUUGCUGCCACCUUAUCUUAGAGUUAUUCAAGGGGAUGGAGUAGAUAUUAAUACCUUACAAGAGAUUAAUGUCUUCAAAGAUCCAGUUGCUGAUCCCAACAAAAGGUCCAAAAAAGGCCGAUUAUCUUUACAUAGGACACCAGAAGGAAAUUUUGUUACACUUGAAGAAGGAAAAGGAGACUUUGAGGAAUAUGGUCACGAUCUUCUCCAUACUGUUUUCAAGAAUGGGAAGGUGACAAAAAGCUAUUCAUUUGAUGAAGUAAGAAAAAAUGCACAGCUGAAUAUCGAACUGGAAGCAGCACCUCAUUAGGCUUUGUUUUAGGCCUAGGUGUGCAUGCGUGUUUGUAUACAUGCAUGCAUACAUACAUGUGUACACCUGUGUGUAUGUGAUAACAUAGUGUUUAUUGUACAGAUAUGUGGGGUUUCUUUGUGUUUUAUGAUACAUUACAGCCAAAUUAUUUGUUGGUUUAUGGACAUACUGCUUGGUUUUUGUUUUUGUUUUUCCAGUGUUUUAGAUGAUACCAUAUUAGGAAAUACACAUAACCAUGUAAAAGAUUAAUGCUAAAGCAAGCUUUUUAGGGCCCUUUGCCAAUAGAUAGUAACUCAAUCUGGUAUUGAUCUUUUCACAGAUAACAGAACUGAGAAACUUUUAUAUAUAACUAAAUAUCACAUAAAACGGAUUUGCAUAAAAUUACCAUGAUUGCUUUAUGUUUAUAUUUAACUUGUAUUUUUGUACAAACAAGAUUGUGUAAGAUAUAUUUAAAGUUUCAGUGAUUUAACAGUCUCUUUCCAACUUUUCAUGAUUUUUAUGAGCACAGACUUUCAAGAAAAUACUUGAAAAUAAAUUACAUUGCCUUUUGUCCAUUAAUCAGCAAAUAAAACAUGGCCUUAACAAAAUUGUUUGUGUUAUUGUACAAUUUGGAAAUUAUGUCAGGACAUACCCUAUAGAGUUACUAACCUCACUGCCCCUUGUAGAAGAUCUCUGAAUCAUUCUGCAUUAAAGAAAAUAAUGGUUCUUACUGGAAUAACUAGGCACUGUACAGUUAUAUACCUUGGUCAUUGUAAUGUACCAGUGAAAUGCCAAAUUUGAAAGGCCUGUACUGCAAUUUUAUAUGUGGCUGUAAUAUGCACCUCAAGAUUUUAAGGAGAUAAUGUUUUUAGAGAGAAUUUCUGCUUCCACUAUAGAAUAUAUACCUAAAUGUAAAAUAUUGACAAAAGUGGAAGUAGUGUAUUUUAAAGUAAUUAUGCUUCUGAAUUUAUUUUUCAUAUUCUAUAGUUGGUAUGACUUAAAUGAAUUAUUGGAGUGGGUAGUGAGUGUACUUAUUUUUAAUGUUUUGAUUAUAUUUUUCAUUAAGUUUUUAAAAAAUUAAAUUGGAUAUUAAACUGUAUGGACAUCAUUUUUUAAUUUUAAAUUGAAUCCCUCAAUAAUUAAUAAUCAAGUUCUUACAUGAGGAUGUUACCCCAGUGAGAAACAUGAUAACCUAAGAUUUAAUUGAAGAAUCUUAACUAAAUAUGUUAGAGUGGCUAGUUCAAAGUGCUCAACAUCAAAAUGUAUAAAAUGAUUAACUGCUAGAUUCUCAGUCAGUCAUCACAUCUCACUAGAGACCAGUUUCUUCCAAAUGACUCAUGUAGGUCUGUUAUUAUAAGGCAAGAGUUAGCCGACUAUGCCCUACAGACCAAAUUUGGUGGACUGUUCUUCACUUGUAAGUACAUAUUAUCUAUGGCUGCUUUCUCACAUGGGGGUAGAAGUUUGAGUGGUUGCAAUGCAGACCAAAUGAUCCACAAAGCUUCAAACAUUACACAAAAUUACAGAAAAAAUUGCUAGCCUAUAUUCUAAAAGGAGUGCAAGCCUUUGCAUUUUAAGAAAAUGCUGAUUUUCAGAGAAGGGAAAAGGCCAUCUUACUUUUGUCCUUUCUCAUUUAAGAAUUUGAUUCCAAUAGACUGAUUUUUUUUUUAAGAAAAGCUUUAACAACAUUUUAGACAUUGAAAAGCCAUAAAUCAUUUGUCUAAAACAUUGAGAAAGUGUUUUGUCACUAGAAUCUACUAAGGUGAGCUAUCCUUGUUCAAUAUCUUUUAUAAGUAGCAUUAGAAAGAAUAUAGGUUUUUGCAGAGAUUCUAAAUACUUAGGAAGAACAAUAAGCAUUAUUCACUUUUAGUAAGAGUCUUCAUACUAUAAUUCAUGCUAAAAAUAGUUUUAAGUUAUUUUUUAAAUAUACUUAAGAUUAGUAGUAUUAGACAAAACUUUACAAAAUGUAUUAAGGGGCUUAUAGAAAAUUGAAAGAAAUUAUUAUCAGUAACAACUUUGAUAACCAUAAUUUUGGCCAUGCUUAAACAUUGGAAUUUUAUCAGUCAGUAUUCUUUGUGUUCCUUGAGUUUCAGCAGCCAACAUUCAGUGAAUGCUAAAAACUAUUCAUUUGUACACUAACAUAGAUCAGGAGGUGGAAUGAUUAAUUCUGUUAGCUCUUGAGCCACUUGAAUCUGAUUUUCUGUCAUUAGAGUAGUUAGUAUUUGGCCAUCUCUCUUCUCAGCACCAAAUGGUUAACAUGAAGGUCAAAUAGAAUUGUGCUAUGUGUCACCCUUAAAUCAGCCUGACUCUCCCUGACAAAAGCAUAUGCCAUAUAUGAGUUUAAAACAUUAGAUUUGUAGUUGACAUUAAUCCCCCUCAAUUCAUAAUUUCAAAUAGGGGGUAGGUGUUCUGUGUUAAGACUUAAUUUAUUUGAACCCUCUACUUAAAAUGGUUUUUAUGAUUAUCCUUUAUUGCUUUUCUUGAUAUAAAUUGUUAUGAAAAUUUUUUUAUAAUGAAUCCAUCUUGGAAGAUGAGAGAAAAAUAGCAAAAUAUUUAUUGUUCUGUUUAGCAUAAUUCAGAACUCAAACAAGUAUUUUUGUAGUUUUACAUUCCUUUUUAACCCACUCAAUGGAGAACAUAAAAUUUCUCCCAAGUUGUAUGUUAAAUCAGUUCUAAUAUGUAUUCAAGAUUAAAAACAAACAUGUAAUAAAUAUGGAAAUAAAGUUUAGUUCUAUUAGUUGAAAUUUGUGUGCUUCAAAUAAUGCCAUUUCCAGACCUACUUUUUCUAGAGUUUCCUUCAAAGAGCUAGAGGAUAACAGAGGAGAAAGUGUCAAAAAUGACUCCACUUUCUGUCAAAAUGGAUUGGCAGUGCCUCUUACUAAGAACCUUGGGAGGAUACCAGAUUCGUGGAGCAAGAGCACAAUUCUCUGUUACGGUUUGAGAUGUCCUGGAGACAUUUUAAUGUUCAUAGCAAGCAGGUAAUUGGAGAUACAGGUUUGAGGACAGAAAGGUCUCAGGGGAUGUCUGAAAUGUGUAUGUAUAUGUGAUAUAUAUGUGUUUGUUGUAGGCAUACUAGAGAAGACUUGACUGAAGACCACAGGCCAAAUUCAGCCCAUGAUCUGUUUUUGUAAAUAAUUUUAUUGGAAUAUAGCUUUACCAAUUCACUUGGUUGUGCUCAUUGGCUGCUUUCAUGCUACAGUGGCAGAGUUGAGUGGUUACAAAAUAAAGUAUGGCCUGUAAAGCCUGAAAUAAGGAUUGUCUGGUCCUCUACAGAAAAAAAAACAUGCUAAUCUGCAAUAAUGAAAGGAGGACCUAGAACCAAACCAUGAGUAAGUAGGUUAAAUGGCAGAGCAUCAACAGGCAAAGGAGACUAACAGUAGGAGCUAAAGAGGUGAGAGGAAAGCCAGCCAGGAUGAGUAAAGUCAAAAAUCACAGGAAGUUUUUCAGCUCAGGUGUUAAAUGCUACUGAGAGAUUAAAUAUUGUUCAAAGCAUCCACUGGAUUAAGCAUCUGCAGUAACUAGUGCCUUAGAGAUGUUCCCUUCAGGUAGAGGAUACAGAUGUCAGAUGGGAUGUGAAGAGAAAAGAGAACAGUCACUUUCCUGUGUCUCUCUAGUAGCUGCUUUAUCUCUGAAAAUGGGUUCAGGAAAGGGGGAGAAGUUGAAAAUGAGCAAAAAAGGUUGGGUGAUGGGUUAGAGAAAACUAGGAUCCAAAACAAAACACUGGUGAGGGGCUGCCCCACAAGGGAGGAGGUCCUCCUAUGGUAAAAAAGAAGAAAAUGAUGAGUGCAGAUGCUGCUUUGGUUUUCUUGUGAACCUAGAGACCAGAUCCCACUCAAAAUUGGUUUGUAUUUUUUUUCAUCCUGGCAAAAGAAGUAUCAUUCUUUGAAAACAAUUCAAUUAAAGACCAUUUUCCUGAGCAUUUGUUUUCAGUUCUGUAAUUUGCUACAGAACUGUCAUUUUUUUGGGCAUAAACUAAGGAAUGUUUUGCAUUUUUUUAUUAAAAUGAAUUAUCCAUUGUACUAUUUGUGAACCUUUCAGAUGAAUUGGAAGCAAUAACUUGGGACACAGUUCCGAAGAAAUCAUUCAGCAUAUGGCACAAAGCAAGUAGAAAAAGGUGCAUAAAAGUGAAAAGACCUAACAUCGUCCUCAAAAAAGUGAAAAGAACUAACACUGUCCUAUCAAAGUGAAAAGACCUAACAUUGUUCUCAAAAAAGUGAAAAGACCUAACAUUGUCCUCAUAAAAGAUUUAGAGACUGACAGAAUAGCUCAGGAAAUGAGCCAAAACUGACAGAUGGGAUUACAUCAAAUUAAAACAUUUGACAGGGGAUUAAUAUAUAAAGAACUCAAAAAAUUAAAACACUAUAAGAAUAAUCCAAUCAAUACAUGAGCAACUGAAUUGAACAGGUAGUUCUCAAAAGAAGUGCAAAGAGUCAACAAAUUAUGGAAAAAGGUUCAACAUCCUCAGCCAUCAGAGAAAUGCAAAUCAAAACUACAUUGAGAUUCCAUCUCAUCCUAGUCAGAAUGGCCAUCAUCAACAAAACGACACUGGAGAAGAUGCAGGGACAUGGAGAGAGGAACUCUUAAUACACUAUUUCUCAGAAUGUAAAUAAGUGCACCCACUAUGGAAAUCACUAUGGAGAUUCCUCAAAAACUAAAAAUAGGUAGCCCCAAAAAAUAAAACCAACAAA